CCGGGGCCUGGGCUCGGGCAUGGAGCUGCGGGCGCUCUGGCUGCUCUGCUGGUGCGGGUGCUGGUGCUACGGCGGAGGCCACGGAGCCGGUCCCAGUGCCACCUUCACCCGGACGGGACCGCGGAGCCGCGAGCAACAGGCAGCCGCCUUCCGGGAAAGUCUUAAUAGACAUCGAUACUUGAAUUCUUUAUUUCCUAGUGAAAAUUCCACUGCCGUCUAUGGAAUAAAUCAGUUUUCAUAUUUGUUUCCUGAAGAAUUUAAAGCUAUUUAUUUAAGAAGCAAAACUUCUAGAUUCCCCCGCUACUCCCCGAAAGGGCCAAUGCUCAUCUCCAACAUGUCUUUGCCAUUAAGAUUUGACUGGAGAGAUAAGCAUGUUGUGACACAAGUGAGAAACCAGCAGGCGUGUGGAGGAUGCUGGGCCUUCAGUGUGGUAGGGGCAGUGGAAUCGGCAUAUGCAAUAAAAGGGAAGCCUUUGGAAGACCUAAGCGUGCAGCAGGUCAUUGAUUGCUCAUAUAAUAAUUACGGCUGCAAUGGAGGGUCGACUUUUAAUGCUUUGAACUGGCUAAAUAAGACGCAAGUAAAACUGGUGAGAGAUUCAGAAUACCCAUUUAAAGAACAGAACGGCCUGUGCCAUUACUUUUCUGAUUCACAUUCUGGAUUUUCAAUCAAAGGUUAUUCUGCACAUGACUUCAGUGACCAAGAAGACGAAAUGGCAAAAGCACUCCUUACCUUUGGUCCUUUGGUAGGGAUAGUAGAUGCAGUGAGCUGGCAAGAUUAUCUGGGAGGAAUAAUACAGCAUCACUGCUCUAGUGGAGAAGCAAAUCAUGCUAUUAUCAUAACUGGGUUUGAUAAAACAGGAACUACUCCAUAUUGGAUUGUACGGAACUCAUGGGGAAGUUCCUGGGGAGUGGAUGGCUAUGCCCGUGUGAAAAUGGGAAGUAAUAUUUGCGGUAUUGCAGAUUUUGUUUCUGCAGUAUUUGUAUGAUUAAUUGAUCGGAUCAAGAGACAACUACCAAAAUGAAGGUUCCUAAUGAAAUAUAGCAUGGUACUUCAUUCUCAACAUUAUUCACCUUUAGGUUUUAGCAACUAACCACAACAGGUUCUAGGGCCUAGUAGAAUUUAAGCCGAGUUACGGCAUGUCCCCUUCUUAUAAAGAGAUGGGCAACAUAGUCAGUAGGAAGAACACCAGCACCAUGGCCUGGGAAACAGUUUCCUACUCCGGAGUGAAUGUUAGUUUAAGAUAUUUUAGGUCUCUUUACUUUGAAGAGGCUAUUAUCUGGUUUUGUUUAAUUGCUGUUAUUGUUUGUUUUUUACUUGUUUAUUUUCAAUGUCAUUAAAGAGCUGAUAAGAAUUUAUUUUCCUUGUGAGAUAUAAUUACUGCCUUAGCUUACCCCUACAUACAAGAACAGCCAACCUAAAGUCAUGUGUGCCUCUCACAAUUAUACUCUUAGCCCUCUGAGGUGAAAUGUCAUAAGGAUUUUGAAAUACCAAUAGCUUUACCUCAAAAAAUAGUAUUUACUCCUUGAAUUGUAGAAAGAUUGUGAAGUAAAAAACAAAAGGACAAGAUCACUUUUUAAGAGAUGGAAAUUAAAUGACAAUAAAUUAUAUGGCAAUUAUGUGAUAAGAAGAACUCAACUAGCAUCGCCUGAGAAAAGAUUAUUAUUUCGCAAUUUUCAUUGUCAAUAUAGGAUUCCAAUAGACUUCAUUUCCUUACUUUGAUCUCUUUAUAUUGAAGGACAAUGUUUUCUUCCACAUUUUCCUACUCUCUUUUUCUUGCUCUUUACUGGGCCACUCCUAAAUUCUCCUGGUGGAUUGACUUCCCCGGCUAAGAAGUCUUUAUUUCUUUUGAUUCAUCUAAGCCACCAACAUCGGGCGCUCACCUUUCUCUUCCUCCCAUUGUUUGUAGGCAACACCCCUUUCAAAGUCUACUGCCAUUAAUCUGGGGUAUUAGCCAGAAUGUGAGUUUCUCAGGCUCUCUGUUUUGUGUGGUGUGUGUGUGUGU